AGUACAAGUGUGACUGGUACUACACCGACGUGCACUUGACCCCCGCAUGAAUUCCCUCAGUUAUCUUUCCCGUCAGCUCGACGUCUACGCAAAUCCACGCACUCCCCCAUCCACUCCCACAACUGACUCUCCCCGCACAAAUGCUCCCCCAAAGCCAUCCUCCUCCUGGUCCUCCUCCAUCCUCUUCUCCCCACCCGCCUCCACCUUCGUAUCUCCUAAACUCUCCUCCCAGCCAUCCGCAGACUCACCUGUUCACUCCAAGUACAGACUCAGAAUCCGUCCCCUCCUCCGCCGUCUCUUUUUCGUCCGCGUGUUCGUCCUCCUCUGGAACUCUCUCUGUGCUACCUGGGCCUCCUUACCAGUCGCCAUCUCUCUCAGAGACUCUCCUCUCCCAUCUACCCCAGAUCGUCCUCACUCCAACGAUAUCGCCCAAAUAAAACAGGAACCACCGCCAGACUCGCCUCUUCUCCCUUAUCCACCACCAAUCCUUCCUCCUCCAUCUUCAACUCCACUCUCCAUCAUACAUCGCAUCAACCACUCGCAUUCAUUCCACCCUCCCCCACUCUCUUCCCACCAAUCCUCUCUCCAGUCUUCGACGCUCCUAGACUCUGCUUCUAGAUCCUCCACUCCCGUCCUCACCACACACAGAACUCCCUUCCACGCUCCAAAGACCCUCGUCCUCGAUCUCGAUGAAACCCUCAUCCACUCCACCUCAAAACCCAUCCUUUCCUACGCCUCUGGUGGUUCAGGCCUCCUCAGCUUUACCAGCUUCGGCUCCCGAAACAAGGGCACCACCGUCCAAGUCUUCCUCGGAGGCCGCAGCACUCUCUACCACGUCUACAAACGACCAUUCGUCGAUUACUUUCUUAGAAAGGUCUCGGCGUGGUAUACCCUUGUUAUAUUCACAGCUUCCAUGCAGGAGUAUGCUGAUCCUGUCAUCGACUGGCUAGAUGCCGGCCGUGGCAUCCUUGCACGCCGUUUUUUUCGCGAGUCAUGCACGCUUCUUCCAAACGGAUCUUAUACCAAAGAUCUCUCCAUAGUCGAGCAAGAUCUCUCUCGUGUCUGCCUAGUCGACAACUCACCCAUAUGUUAUCGCAUCAACGAAGAUAAUGGCAUUCCAAUAGAAGGAUGGACACACGACCCAUCGGACGAGGCGCUACUGGACCUGCUCCCCAUCCUCGACUCGUUGCGCUUCACAAACGACGUCCGACGAGUCCUCGGCAUACGCGGAUUUUUAUAGGGGGGAACUAAUUUUUGGGAUGGGGAGGGUGUUACCAUGGGUGUACAUAUAUAUUCAGGAAAAAAACUCUCUAAAUCAGUUUUUGGGUAGCGCAUAAAUUCGUAAUUGCAUUUUUUGUCAAAUCGUAUCAUCCGCCCUUUUUUUUUUGUUCUUUGUUGACAUGACCGCAAUUGGUUUUGGGAGCUGUGACGAUUUUGAGUC